CUCCUAUUUGAAUUUUGUAACCUGUUGCAUCAUCGACAAGAUCGUCAAGCAACGCAAUUUAUAUUUUCCAUGAGAAGAUCUCUUCAUAAGUCGAUCGAAUGCCUGUGUAAAACUAAAGCAUCAGAUCAUGGAGACAUACGAUUUCAGUGGAAAUAUCGGUGUCUGCAGGGCAAUUGAAUCCUUUUUAGAGGCUGAUUUCGGCCAUGAAGCUUCUGAAAUCAUUAUGAUAGACGAUGCACAAUUUGAGAUUCCUAUUUCUGAUGUCAUGACAGACGGAUUUUAUCAAGAGCCACAAAUUUCCUCGGAAAAUAGGAGUCCGGAGCCGCAGCAUAGUGCCUUCAGCGCGUAUAUAAAACCUCAAUCAAAUGCCGCUGCGGAUUCUUCCGCAUCUCGUGAGAAUCUGCAGAAAAAAUGUUUCAGAUUUCUGAGAAAAGUAGAUGAAGAUAGAAAGGUAGAGAUCGAGAGAUCUCGAAAAUUGGCUCCUGCUGUUGCUCAAAAUAAUAAGAAAGAGUCAAAGGAGAAAAAGAAGGAUCAAGCUAAAUCGGCAUUUUACCACAUGAUUGCAGAGCGCAAUAGGAGAGUCAAAUUGAACGAGCAUUUCCAGAAUAUUUACUCUCUUCUUCCAAGAAAUUGUAAGAAAGAUAAGCAUUCAAUAUUGGCAAAUGCCACAGACUAUUUGAAAGAAUUAAAGCUUCGCGUUAGUGAGCUUGAACAACAGAGUGAAAGCGUGGACGAAUCGAUUCCGAGGAAUUUCUCAAAUAGUGAAGAAGGAAGUCCCGGGUUCGAGUCUCACGGCAAUCCUUUCAAUUCAGACAACCUAUUACUUUAUCGCAGUGACGAUGUGAUUUUGGAGCAAUGCCAUGACAUCCCCUGCCAAGUUAAAAUUAUAAUUAAUGUGCAGAUGAAAAUGGUUUCUUGCUCAGCAAGUCUACUUCUCAGUGUAAUAGAUCUGUUGAGAGCAUCGCAGUUGGAGAUCCUUUCAAUUUCACAUAAACAUGGAUUUAGAUUUCAGGCUACUUUUCUCGUAUUCCCAAAGGGUGAGGACUGGGAUAUUUCGCACUGGCAAACUUUCGGGAGUUUAGUCAGCCGGGCUGUCAACUGAGCAUUUGGAGAAGUGGAUGAUAAUAUUACAGUGCAAAUGGAAGCUCCUAUUCCCAACCAGUCUAGCUGAUAAGCAUUUGAGAGCUUUCCAAAUUGCCUAUAAUCUGGUUCUGAAAUUUGAUUUUUCAAAGAACAGAUAAUUUACUUGGGAAUUUCGAAGUAGCGAGGGAAUCUAUUGACAUAUAAGUGAAUAGGAAAUUACCUGCUUGUAAAUUGCACAUGAAUAUGAAUACAAAAGUUC